AUGUUGUUUUUCUGCCCUUCGUGCGGAAACAUACUUAUCAUCGAGGAGGACACUAGCUGCCAUCGUUUCACGUGCAACACCUGCCCGUACAUUUCGAAGAUCAAGCGAAAAAUCACCGCAAAGACCUUUCCUCGCCUCAAGGAGGUUGACCACGUUUUGGGCGGCAAGGCGGCGUGGGAGAACGUGGACUCUACCGACGCAGAGUGCCCCCAGUGCAGCCACAAGCGUGCGUACUUUAUGCAACUGCAGACCCGGUCGGCAGACGAGCCGAUGACCACGUUCUACAAGUGCUGCAACCACGAGUGCGGUCACAACUGGCGGGACUAA